AGAGUAUAGCCCUUAUUGGCUUACUCCCACCCCCAUGGAAAUGGAGAAGAAAAGUAAAACCCUCCCCAUCAAUUCUCGAACCAAGCCGCGUUUGACCUUGUAAAACCCGCCCACCAAACCUCCUCGAUUGCUUGGAAUUCUUCUCCUUCUUGGAUCCCAGCUCCCAUUCAAAGAUAAUAGUGGCAUCUCAUCCAACUCCCUGAUUCAUUUCUUCUUCUGGGAUUUGAAAGUUCAUUUCCAUUUAGGGUACUGGCCCGGGUUCUUCUUUCUUUUCUUUUCUUUCCUGUAUUUUUUUGGCAGGGUUUUGCAGGUUUGACUUCUGAUCUGGGCCUAAAGAAGCCGUAGAUGGCGGACAUAGUGAAGCAGAUCCUUGCAAAACCAAUACAAUUGGCCGACCAAGUGACCAAGGCGGCAGACGAGGCUACUUCUUUCAAGCAGGACUGUGCGGAGUUGAAAGGUAAAGCUGAGAAGCUGGCGACGCUGCUACGCCAAGCUGCACGCUCUAGCAGUGAACUCUAUGAGCGGCCAACAAGGCGGAUCAUCAUUGAUACGGAACAGGCGUUGGACAGAGCUCUUGCACAUGUGUUGAAAUGCCGUGGGAAUGGUCUUGUGAAAAGGGUUUUCGCCAUCAUCCCCACCGCCGCAUUUAGGAAGAUGUCUUCUCAACUUGAGAAUUCGAUUGGUGAUGUUUCUUGGCUUCUCCGGGUUUCCACCCCGGCCGAGGACAGGGGUGACGAGUACUUGGGGCUUCCGCCUAUUGCCGCGAAUGAGCCUAUUUUGUGCCUUAUUUGGGAGCAUAUCGCGAUUUUGAUUACUGGAUCCUUGGAUGAUCGAUCGGAUGCUGCGGCUUCACUGGUUUCUUUGGCUCGAGAUAAUGACCGGUACGGGAAAUUGAUAAUUGAGGAAGGUGGGGUUGGGCCCUUGUUGAAGCUAGUCAAAGAAGGGAAGCUCGAGGGUCAGGAGAAUGCUGCUAGAGCACUUGGGCUUCUGGGACGCGACCCUGAAAGCGUCAAAGACAUGAUACAUGCUGGUGUUUGCUCGGUGUUUGCGAAAAUCCUCAAAGAAGGCCCGAUGAAAGUUCAGGCGGUGGUGGCCUGGGCGGUGUCAGAGCUAGCAGCUCAUCACCCAGAUUGCCAGGAUCUUUUCGCCCAAAAUAAUAUCAUAAGGUUGCUUGUGAGCCAUCUUGCGUUUGAGACCGUGCAAGAACAUAGCAAGUAUGCAAUUGUUAGCAAGGCUACUUCGAUCCAUCAAGUUGUUUUGGCGAGUAACAAUAACUCGUAUGCUGCUAAUAAUGUUGCCCAUAAGCAGGUUGAGGAUGAUGAAAAGAGCAGGCUUCCGCACCCUCUGGGGGAUAGACAGCCCUAUCAGAUGCAUAGUGUGGUUACUACUACCAUGGCUAUGAAGGAUCAGCUUAAACAACACCAGCAAAAGCCGAGCGACGGAGCAAACCAGACGAGUCUUGCCAAGAGCAAUGGGAAUGGGACUGUGAAGCAGAAUCAUGUGAAUCAUCAUCAUCAGUCAAGUGUUCCUCUGUCCGGCGUGAAUAAUAAAGGGAGGGAGUUGGAGGACCCUGAUACUAAGGCUUAUAUGAAGGCAAUGGCUGCGAGGGCACUCUGGCAACUUGCCAAGCGUAAUUCUCCCAUUUGCCGCAGCAUCACUGAAUCAAGAGCUCUAUUGUGCUUUGCAAUCCUCUUAGAGAAAGGCUCUGAAGAGGUCCAGUACAAUUCUGCGAUGGCAUUGACGGAGAUUACCGCCGUAGCCGAGCUGGACGCAGAACUGAGAAGAGCAGCAUUCAAGCCUAAUUCACCUGCCUGCAAAGCUGUCAUUGAUCAAUUGCUGAUAAUUAUCGAGAAGGCUGAUUCAGACCUGCUCAUUCCCUGCAUCAAGUCUAUUGGGAAUUUGGCUAGGACUUUUCGGGCAACAGAAACAAGAAUGAUAUCCCCAUUAGUAAUGCUGCUUGAUGAAAGAGAAGCUGAUAUCUCCAGGGAAGCUUGCAUUGCCUUGAGAAAGUUUGCUUGCACGGAUAACUACUUGCACCUGGAUCACUCCAAGGCUAUAAUAAGCGCAGGAGGGGUAAAGCACCUAAUUCAACUCGUCUACUUUGGCGAACAUGUUCAGAUUUAUGCAUUGGAACUUCUGUCCUACAUUGCAUUACACGUCCCAGACCAUGAAGAACUUGCCCAGGCUGAGGUGCUUACAGUGCUCGAGUGGGCAUCCAAGCAGGCAUUCCUGAACCAAGAUGACUAUAUAGAGAGUGUGUUGCAAGAGGCCAAGGGUAGGUUGGAGCUCUAUCAAUCCAGAGGCUCAAGAGGAUUCCAUUAGGUUCCAUGUCAAUGUGCACAAUUUGUAUCUUCUUUAAAUUAAGAAUUCAUGUAAUGGAAUUCUAUUUCUUAUUUUUAUGGAGUGUACAUAAGAUUACCUCUUACCUCUUAUUGUAAUUCUUUAGGCAAGAUCUUUAUUUGCCUUGUCA